AUGGAGAACUCCACGGUGAACAGCCUGACGCUGCAGCUGGAGGGCCUGUCGGUCUCCAGCAGCAGCCGCUACCCGGUCUUCCUGCUGCUGCUCUGCUCCUUCGUCUUCAUCCUUCUGGCCAACGCGGCCAUCGUGGGCCUGAUCCUGACGCAGCGGAGCCUCCGUCAGCCCAUGUACCUGCUCUUCUGCAGCCUGGCCGCCAACGAUGUCAUGGGGAACGCGCUUCUGGUUCCGCGGCUGCUCGCCGACGUUCUGCUGCCUCCGUCUCAGCGCCUCAUUCACUUCUACGAGUGCGUGGUCCAGGCGUUCGCCACGCACCUGUUCUGCGCCAACUCGCACACCGUGCUCAUGGUCAUGGCCUUCGACAGGUACGUGGCUAUCUGCCGCCCGCUGCGCUACGCCUCCAUCAUGACGGACAGGCGGGUGGUCCAGCUGACGGCCGGCGCCUGGGGAGCGGGCUUGGUUUUAGUCGGGGUUCUGCUGGGUCUGACUCUGCGGCUGAACCGGUGCAGGACACUGAUCGCGAACCCCUACUGUGACAACGCGUCUCUGUUCAAGCUGUCGUGUGAUGACGCGGCCGUGGCCAACGUCUACGGCCUGGCCUACACCGGCCUGCUGCUCUCCUCCUCCGCUGCCUGCAUCGUCCUCACCUACUCCAAGAUCGCGGCGGCCUGCGUGAGCAGCAGCAGCAGGCGUCUGAGUGGCUGGGCCCGGACCACCUGCAGGGCCCGGACCACCUGCAGCAGCCACCUUUGUGUGUAUGUGCUGAUGCUGCUCAGCGGGCUGGUGUUCGUCGUCCUCCACCGCUUCCCCCAGCACGCAGAGCUCAGGAAGACGGCCGCCAUCCUGUUCCACACAGUGCCGGGCAGCCUGAACCCCGUCAUCUACGGGCUGCAGUCCAAGGAGAUCCACAGGUGUCUGUCCAAACUGGUCCCGGUGAGGAGACACCGGCAUCACAAUCAGAGGAAAUCCAGUGAUCUGUGAGAAAACUGGUUGAAGCAGUGAUAGGAUGUGAAUCCUUGUGUAAUGUGGACUUUAGGUCAUUUUGUGACUUGUAAAAUGGAUCCCGCAUGUUCUGUUCAAAACAGACUGUUUUCAGGAACCCUAAAAACAAAAAAAAGUUUAACCAGAAAACCCCAAAUCUCACAGACUCUGCUCUGGUUGAACUGGUGGUUC